AAGAAGCAACUGACCCAGUCGUGAUUUUACCAUUCCCUCCCUCGUAUCUCUCGGCUUAUUGAUUAGGUCUCCGUCUCGUUCACUCAUUAAGUCUCAUUUCCCGCUGCUCUUCAAACACAACCCAUCGCAUAUACCUCAAUCCAUUCUAUACCCGUCCAACAUGUCCUCAGUGACCCUCCGCAUCAUGUCCCUCUGGGUCAUCCUCUUUUCAAUAUCUGCAAUGGUUGCAGCGUCACCCACACCAAUAGAUCCCCAACUUGCAUCGCUCAUCACGAACAAUAUGAAUCUGAAUUGCGGUCAGAGCUGUCAGGAAUUUAAGGGCACGCAACAACUGAAUAAGAAUUUUGCCUUGACGUCUGCAUCGAGCUCAAAUUCAUUCGUACUUGGAGCUAUACUACUAGCCGGUGGCGUUUUGGUAGCAUAAUGAGGGUAUAUCGUUACGAAGCGGCUUCCAGGUCGGACUCUGACAUUUUGAUGUACUGUACUUAGUGCAGUUGAUGUAGCAGUAAACAUCAGUGCUGUUUCUAAUGCUAGUGUAUAAUGACAAGAGACAUUGAUGGGCUUCA